AUGUCGAAACGCCCAUCUCGAUCAACUGGUUCAACUGUUCCGAAACUAAUCUCUAGUAAUCCAACUAGAAGUACUGUAACAGUACCUGAGCGUUCUCAAAGUGAAUAUCCAACACUAACAGAAGCAAUGAAUAGAGUUUCAUUGGGAGGAUCUGAAUCAACGAGUGAAGCUCGUUCUCAAACAACUCGUCCAUCAUAUCAACGUCGAAUUUUAUAUUCAGCUGUUCCUGAUUCAGCUGUAUUAACACCAAUUCAUCGUCCUGAUGAAUAUGGUAAAGCAGGCAAAUCUAUUCAAAUAUAUACAAAUCAUUUUCGUGUAUCUAUUGAUGAUGCAAUUGUUAAUCAGUAUGAUAUUGAAAUUUCAAUGGUUCGUCGUGAUGGAAAAUUAUGUUCAGCACGAAAAAAUGAACGUUGGCAAACAUUACAAGAACUUUCUAAGAAAGAAAAAAAUUUUCCCAUUGUCUGGUAUGACGAAGGUAAAAAUUUGUAUACCAGAGAAUUAUUAACAGAUUUUACAAAACCAAUUCGUAUUACAUUAAAAAUCAAUAAUGAAGAUAAAAUAUUUGAAUUUAAAGUAUUGAAUCUUGUUCGUCAAGAAAAGAUUCGUGAUAUUUUUGAUUUUAUUAAUGGACGAACUGUAACACGACCACGAGAUCCUGUACGAGUCAUUGAAACUUUAUUUAAACAGAGUAUUCGUAAUGAUCUUGUUUGUAUACGAAAUAAAUUUUAUAGUCGACGUCAAAAACUAAUUGAUCUUGGUGAUGGACGUGGUAUGGCUAGUGGUUUUCAUCAAGCAUUAUGUCUUACACAUGGUGGACCAACGUUGAAUAUUAAUUUAGCAUUUACAUGUUUUUAUUUACCAUUAAAUUUUGUUGAUUUUUCUUGUAAAUAUUUACGAAAAGAUAUCACCCAAAGAAUUACUGAAACUGAAAUCGAAGGAAUAAAACGACUUUUUAAAAAUCUUCCAAUUGAAACAACUCAUACCGGUCGUCCUCUUCGAUAUCGAGUAAAAGGUUUUGGUAAAUCAGCAAAUCAAUUAACAUUUAAUCUUCAUUCUGAUAAAGAUCAAACAACAGCAACAACAUUGGAGAAAUCAAUUAGUGUUGCUGAAUAUUUUUCUAUAAAAUAUAAACGAUUAGAAUAUCCUCAUCUUCCUUGUGUUGAUGCUAGAAAUUCAAAUGAAGAAAAAGCACAUUGGUUACCAAUGGAAGUUGUUAAAAUUGUUGAAUGGGAACGUGCUUUAAGACCACUUGAUAGUGUUCAACGUGCUCUUGUUUCAAAAACAACAAUUAUUAAACCCGAUAAACGAUAUGAUGAUAUUAUGAAAAUUGUACGACAAAGAAAUUUUCAAUCAGAUUCAUAUUUACGAGCAUUAAAUAUCAAAGUAGAUACAAAUGAAAUGAUACAAAUUAAAGCUCGUAUUUUACCAACACCGGAAGUUAAAUAUCGUGGUUCAAAAAAUAAUGAAGUCGCUGAAGAUGUUGCAGUAGGAAAAUGGUCAAUAAGAAAUCGAUUUUAUAAUAGUCCGAUGAUUAAUCAAUGGGGAAUGAUAUAUUUUGGUCCUAAACUUGAUAAAUAUAUAAUUGAUAUUUUAACAGACUUUCAAAAUCAACUUCCACAACUAACAGCUGAAUUCGGUGUGAUAUUUACAUCAAAACCGAAGACUAUUGCACAACCUCCUCGAAGUGAAGAAAUUGAAGUUGCAAUGAAAAGAGCUAGUAAUGAAAAAUGGCAAAUAGCCAUUGUUGUACUUAAUGAUGUUCAACCAGAAGUUUAUGAAUGUAUUAAACAAUGGGGUAAUCAAACACUCGGUGUAACUACUCAAUGUGUUAAUUUUCAAUCACUUCAACGAAAUUCUGGCAAAUAUCGCAUGUAUGUUCAAAAUUUAAGUCAAAAAAUCAAUGCAAAAAUCGGUGGUAUUAAUGGAAUUGUUAAUUUAAAAGCAGCACUUAGUCAUUCAUCACAUGAAGAUUUAUUUAUGUUCUUUGGUGCUGAUGUUACUCAUACAACUUGUUCGAUUGAUCAUUCAUCAAUUGCAGCUGUUGUUGGUUCGUGUGAUCCAACUUGUAGUCGUUACGCAGCACGUCUUAGUGAACAAUAUCCAAAACAAGGUCGUUGUUCGGUAGAAAUUAUCAAAGAAUUAGAUAAAAUGAUUAUUGAUUUACUUAAAGUUUUUAUUCGUACAUGUGGUAAUCGUUUACCUAAUCGUAUUGUUUUUUAUCGUGAUGGUGUUGACGAUGGACAGUUUCAAAAAGUACUUGAUAAUGAAAUAAAUAAAAUAAAAGAUGCUUGUCGCGUUGUGUACGGAAAGUUACAAUUACCUAGAUUAACAUUUGUUAUUGCUAAGAGAGGACAUAACACACGGUUCUUUGGUUAUGAUGGCCAACGUACAAGUAAUAUAGAAGCAGGCACAGUUAUUGAUCAAGAUAUUACACAUCCAUCACAAUUUGACUUUUACUUGUGUUCACAAGCUGCAAUAAUGGGUACAUCUCGUCCAACUCUUUAUCAUGUUCUUCAUGAUGAAAAUGGUUUUAGUAGUGAUGAUAUUCAACAACUUACUUAUUGGCUUUGUCAUACGGAUGCUCGUUGCACAAAAUCAGUCUCGGUUCCAGCUCCAAUUCAUUAUGCAGAUUUAGCUGCACAUGCUGCUCGUAUGUAUAAAUUUGGUGAUGAUCUUGAUCGACAUGAAGAAAAGUCAGUUGAUGAUGACUUUGAUGAAUCGGAAAAUAUUUCAUUAAAAGAUAUUGAAACUAAAGUUAUGAUAUUAAAUGAUAAAAUUCAAAAUAAUAUGUGUUCAUUAUUGUCUUGUGAUAUGAAUGAACAAUUAUCUCGUUUAAAUGAUAUUUCCUAUUCAAAAGAUGGACGUUAUUUUGUUGUUGGUCAAGGCAAUGGUUAUAUCAACAUCUACGAAGCACAAACAGACAGAGAUGGAACCGGUACCGAUACUAACGUGCAACGUAUUAAUUUUCAUGCCAUGUGCUAUCGUCUUCUUAUUCAUGAAAAUGUUUUGUUUACUGCUACAAGUGAUCUUGAAUUAAAAGUUUAUUCAUUUCCACAAGCUAAUGCUGAACAAGUUUUUAUGAAAUUUAAUCACUUGGUAUCGGCUCGUUGUGCAAGUAAUGGCUUACUUUUCAUUGGUACUCGUAAUGCUGAAGUUGUGAUGAUUAAUUUAAAUGAUGGUUCAAAAGAAAAAAAAGAAUUUCAUGGACACGAAGAUGCUAUUCUGUGGUUAAGUAUUAAUGAUGACGAAAAAUUAUUGGCAACAUCAUCAAUCGAUGGACGUGUUCGUGUGUAUAGUAUUGAUCAACAAAUGUUAAUAAAAAGUUUUAAUGUGAUCAACAAAUCCAAUGAUAUUGAAAGUGCUCAAUCUUUAGCUAGAAUUGAUUGGGAUACAAUUGAAAAUUUACUAGCUAUUCCUGUCAAAAACCGCAUCUAUUUUUAUGAAAUCAAGUAUUGGAAAUUGGAAAAAAUGUUUGAAGACAAUACAGUUGAAGAAUUCAUUGAUUUAAUCGAUUAUUCUCCGUGUAAAAAUUUUUUUAUUAUUACAUAUCGUCGUUUAAAAUUAGUGAUUAUAAAUCGAAAAACACUUAAUGUUUGCAUGAUCUAUUCGUCGAACAACACAAUUUCUUCUUUAGCUUGGAAUCCUACUGGAUCAUCUAUGAUUACUUGUGGUACAAAAGAAGAUGUUAUUAUUAAUCUACAUAUUAUGUCAAGAUCUGUUGAACAACGAUCAUUCAAAAAUCUUAUCAAUAUCAAUCGUGAUUUAGUCGAUGAAAAAUUCAUUUUUUUAACUAUUUAUGCUUUAUUUUUUUUGUCGUGCAACAACAUCAAUUUAUUUCAUGAUCAAGAUUUUAAACUCAAUUCGUACAAGAACGGAUACAAGUCCUAUGCCUUCGUUUACGAUAAAAACGCUUUGGAUAUCAAGUUUACCAUGUUUCUAGGCGAUGGAAACUUAACAGUUUAUGCAGAAAGAUGUUUUAAUGUUGAUAAACAUAUCAACCAAGUUGAUAAAGAAUUUAGUUUUGUUGAUUUGCGUAAAACAAAAAAAGAACUUAAAGAAAAAUUUAAACUUAUAAAGACGUUCAUUGAUGACAAUCAAGUUGCUUCAAAUGUUGAUUCACAAGUUAUUCUGGUCGAUGAUAAACAUAUUCCUGUUCCUGAACAUAAAGCAAAUCUUUUACAUGAUCAAGAACCUUUUAAUGGUUUAAAUCAACUUCCUGAUGCAGUACUUGAUCGAUUUUGUCUUGAAAUUUUACCUAAAAUUCAUCAUAAAAUUGAAUGGCUUGAUGUUGAAUCAUCAUCUAUAGAACGUAUUCUUCUUUUAACAAAUUAUUCUAAUUUAAAUGGACUUCGUUUAUAUGAUCUUACAUCCGAAAGAGCUCGGGAUUUCUUUACUGAUGACAAUGUUCAACUGCUUGAUUUACCUGAUGAGUUAAUUUUAAUAAUCAUGAAUAAAGUGAAAUCUAAUGUGUUAUUGCUUUGUUCUAUUAUUGAUAUUGGUAAUAAUCGUUUGGAACAACUUGCACUUGAUAAAUGUCAUUCAAUCGAUUUAACUAUUGAUUAUUUUCAAUCACCGUUUGAAUCACUGAUGACACGGUUUUAUUCACAUGUUAUGUAUCGUAUUAUCAAUAAUAUUCAAUCAUUGACACUCACUAUUCGACAAAUUCCCGAUAUUGUCAGUUAUGUUGAAAAAAACUCUAAUGGAAUUCUUCCAAAUUUGACACACCUAAAGAUAAUGAUUGGUCGACAAGCUCAUCGAACAGGCACUCCUUAUACAUUAGAUGCAUCAAGUAAACUAUUAAGUAUUUUUUAG